CCCUCGGGGCAGGGCCGGGAGCGGUCGCUGCCGCACCCCGCGUCCCGUCACCGGGCAACGAGCGGGCCGGUCCCGCACUCCCGGUUCCGUUCGCUAUGUCUCGACCGGAGGCAGAGGACGGCCCCGGGCCCCGCACCAGCGAUUGGUACCACACCAGUCCCAACCUGCCCGAGCGGUUCCAGCACCCCGCAUGCUUCCGCGGCUACGGGCAGCCCGUAGAACCGCACCCCCGGUUCCGGACCACCAACCAGACCUACGGCAGCAAAGCCCCCACGGUGCAUGAGGUCCCGACCUCAUUCCAUGGCAUGUCACACCCGUUUUCCAGCAAUUUGGGCCGGUUUGGGAUGUACAGGGACAACGGGCUGAACACCAGCAUGGAGAAGAGCCGUGUCACCGGGCCAGACAACUUCAUCACCCCCAGUGAUCACCUCAACUUCCAUCCCAGCUACAACCCAAAAGGCCCCUCACAGUGCUAGGGAUAACCCAGUGGCACUGUGAAGCUACUUGGGGUUACUGCUGGCUGCUGAGAUAGAAAGCAAAACAUAAAAAAAUAAAAUAAAAAAAGCCAACACACCAGCAAGCAAACAACAGCAUUGAUCUGACCCUAAACCUGUUGCUAAGCCUCGUCUGAAAGGGUGGGAAGAGACCCCACACCUUUGGGUUUAUAGGUAUCAUAAAUACUAGAGCAAUAUGCAUCACAUACACAUUCCUUUAACCUUUCCUCUGUCACUAAUGACCCCUUAAACUCGUGGGUCACAUACCACACAUCAUUAAAAAUGAAGAUUUCAAAACUGCUUCUGUACUAUUUGGUGAAUAACCAGACUGCAGUUUGUUUUCUAGAGGUAUUCAUGAAGCCUUUGGAUUCCUUAGUGAGGCAGGUUCAUCUUGCUGACUUUCUAAACUAAAUGUUUUCUGAAACUGCUGAAAUAAAGACAACAAAUAAAAAA